AUGCUCUCUGACACGCAUCUCUCCGAACAUUCUCCGGUGACGACUCUGCCUCAGACAGGUCGGCCGCCGGACUCUACAAGCGAUUCGUUUUCAUCGUUGACCUCUUCUCCUAGUGCGCAUCAGGGGGGUUCUCAGAUGAAGGAGGCUACCCCUCAAGCUCUAAGUUACAAGGCAGCUUUGGCAGGUGCCGGGGGUACGGCAUCGCCAAAGCGGAGUAUGUGGACGUUUGUGGGCACUCAAGACAUGGAAGCCGGGGUUUUCAAUGGUGAGCCUGAGCUAAAGAUAUCGCCUGGUUUCAAGGAGAGGUUAUGCCUUCCAUGGAAGAAGACAUUAGUGCUCCGUCUUUUAGGUCGCUCAGUCUCCUACACGUACUUGUGCUCCCAACUUCGGUGGAAAUGGAGACCAGUGGGCAAUCUGGACAUCAUGGAUUUGAAUAAUCAGACCUUUCUGGUGACCUUCAACAACGAUCAGGACUAUCUUCAUGCGCUAACAGGAGGUCCAUGGACAAUCCUCGAUCAUUACCUCCUCGUUCAUGAAUGGUCUCCGAGUUUCAGAACAUCUGACCAGCCCUUCAAAUCGGUGGUCGCAUGGAUCCAAUUUCCCGAACUUCCUGUCCAUUUUUACCAUCGAGAAGUAUUGUUUGCUUUGGGGAACUUAAUCGGGAGAACCAUCAAGUUGGACUAUCAUACUGAACAUCUUGAAAGGGGGAAAUUUGCUCGAUUAGCCGUUGAACUGGACAUGACGAAGCCCUUGGCUACCAGGAUUCGGCUGGAUGGGUUCUGGCAGCAAGUUACUUACGAGAACUUGCCCCAAGUCUGUUUCACAUGCGGCAGAAUCGGACACAAUGAGGAUAGUUGUCCGACGCAGGGGAGCGCAAACUGCCCGUCGACGGUGGCGGUGGGUGAAACGUUGGAAUUCCGGCCACCGCAACAAUCAUCUGAGCCUCCUGCCGGCUACGGGCCGUGGAUGCUUGUGGAGCGGAAAUCACGGAAACCGAAUCGGAAACCAGCCAACAAUCAAGCCCAAACGGUAACAAAUCAACUAGGCAUUGGGGGAAACUUCGAGAGAAUCGUGGCAAAGAAUAGUCACUCCGGGAAAGGUGAGCUAGUAAAGGCUAAUAGGGAAGGAAAAGGAAAGGCUAUGGGAAUAGAGCAAAGAAAGGAAGGGAAUGACAAACUGAAGGGGAAAGUGAAGGGUGGUGGCACAGAAGGAACGAAUGGGGGAAAGAACCAAGCAGGGCUCCUUGAAUGGAGGCCAGUUGGGCCAAAACAGGGGGAAACAUCCUCCAAAGCCCAAAAUAGCAAUGGUACUGGUAAAUCGAAGGAGGUCCAAAAGGAGGAUCACACUAAAGAGGGACAAGAGGUGGGAAGCCCACCAGUCGUGGACCAAGAAUACAAUAUAGACAUGCGGAUAAGUAACCCGACCGAUACGUCCCAAUCCGCUCCCUCCAUUAAGCAUCGACAACGCAAUAAAAGUUCUGGUCAGAAAGGUGCAGGGGACGGGAAGAAUGGAAUCAAUCUCAAAAUUGGGGUGAAGAAAACAAUCAAAGGCAAUCCCAAACUGAAACGUGAUCUCAAAGAGAGAGUGAUGGCUUCUUCAUCCCCAAUCACGCAGCAGGCGAUCGAAGAGUUUUUGGCGCAAUCUCAGCAGAAGAUGGCGGUGCCGGUGUCCUUGAAAGACUCGAACAAAACCCAAGAGGACGUGCCGAUGGGAGAGGGUCAGACGUCCUCCCCGGAACUUUCGGACGGACAAGAUAGUAGCAAGCUUCCGUCAGCUAUUGUAGAAGGUUAA